AUGCUAGGUUUGGUUGAGACUAAAAGACCGUCAGUGACUAGAUUUGAUAUUUCAAGAAUAUGGGGGGAUAGUUGUGUUGGUUGGGAAUAUGUUGAGGCUACUGGUGCGUCUGGCGGGUUGUUGCUAAUAUGGGAUGAGGGCUUUUAUGAUGUUAGAAAUUGCUAUAAAAGUGAGAGAUGGUUGUGUGUUAAAGGAAAUCUGUUGCAGAAUAAUUUUAAUUGUGCUUUUAUAUUAGUUUAUAGUGCACACGCUAGAGAUGAGAAGCUUGUUGUGUGGGAGGAGCUGAGUUACAUAGCUGGUCUAUGCCAGGUUCCCUGUUGUUUCAUAGGGGACUUUAAUGAGAUUUUACAUGUUGAAGAAAGGAGAGGUACCGAUAGCUUGUCUUUGUCGGCGGAGGAUUUCAAGAACUGGAUACAAGACAUGGGUUUAGUGGAUUUGUCGAUUACUGACCGUAAGUUCACCUGGUUCAGAGGACGUUCUUGUAGCCGUAUUGACAGGGCCUUGGUUAGUUUGGAGUGGUUAGAAAAGUUCCCGGAGACUCGAUUACGAGGUGGUCCAAGGGGACUGUCAAACCAUUGUCCUCUUAUAGUGGAAGAUAAGAGAUUGAGAGAUGGCCCUAGACCGUUUAGAAGCCUUGACUCGUGGUUUACACAUGAAGGUUUCUUAAGAAUGGUAAAGGAGGAAUGGAGAGGGUUACAAGAGAUGCAAUUCACGGAUAAGAUGAAUGCUUUGGCAGGUCCUUUGAGAAGAUGGCAUAAAGACAAGUUUGGAGACAUGGACAACAAAAUUUUGAUGUUGGAGGAAGAGAUCAAGAAGAUUGAUGACAUGGUGGGUGAUGGGGCUUAUGAUGAAACGGUGGAGGCAAGAAGGAAAGCGCUUGUGACAUGUUGUUCGAAGUGGUAUGUUAGAAAAGAGUUACAUUGGAAGCAGAUGUCGCGCUCAAGACAUGCCAGGGACAUAGAUAAAAACACAAGGUACUUCCACAACAUAGCUUCGGUGAGAAGGAGAAGCAACAGGGUUGAUGCAUUGGUUAUUAAUGGAAGAUUGAUAAGGAAUCAAGCUAGAAUCAAGAUUGCAAUAAGGGACUUCUAUAAAGACUUGUACCACUAG